AAGAACCCCGAAACACCAUCUAGGGCCCUGAGUUCUCUGGUCAUCCCCUAGUGCCCACACCAGACCACAUGGAAGAGGCUGGCCAGUCCGGGAUGGGAAUGAGCAGAGCCCAGGGCAGCAUUACUUCCUCUGGCCUUCUUGCUUCCCUAAGCAGGAGAGAAUCCCAUUUGGCCAGUGGGGGGAGAGCCCCAGGGUGGCAUAGAUGCCCCCACUGGGAGCUCUUGGGCGGUUCUUUCCCCUCUCUUGGGCUCCCCAUCUCUGUGUGCUGGAUGAUCCCGGAGGUGCAUCCAACCUGAAAUCCUCUGGACUAUGCUCGGGCCUUUUCAGCUUGUCCCAGGUGAACCUCUGCAACACUAGCUCCCUGCUUCUGCAAAGUCUCCUGGAGGCCCUCUCCGAGCUGAAGACAUUCAGGCUGACCUCCAGCCAUGUGAGCUCCGAGGGCCUGGCCCACCUGACAUCUGGUCUGAGCCACUGCCACCACCUGGAGGGGCUGGACUUGUCCAACAAUCAGUUUGGUGAGGAGGACGCCGAAGUGCUGAUGGGGGUCCUUGAGGGGAUGUGCCAGCUGAAGAGGCUCGACCUCAGCCAUCUCCCGCUCAGCAGCUCCGCCCUGGCCAUGCUCACUCAACGACUAAGCCACAUGACCCUCCUGCAGAGCCUCCGCCUGAGCAGGAACAGUAUUUGUGAUGUCGGCUGCUACCAGCUUUUCGAGGCUCUCAGAGCGGCCAGCAGCUUGCAGGAGCUGGGCUUGAGCCACAACCAGAUCAGAAACAUCGGAGCCCAGCACUUAGCUGCCGUCCUACCAGGGCUGCCCGAGCUCAGGAAGAUCGACCUCUCAGGGAAUGGCAUUGGCCCAGAUGGGGGAGUGCGGUUGGCAGAGUCUCUCGCCCUUUGCAAGCACUUGGAGGAGCUGAUGCUUGGUUACAAUGUCCUGGGGAAUAUCACAGCCCUGGAGCUGGCCCAGAGACUGCCCCAGCACCUGAGAGUCCUGCACCUGCCAUCUAGCGGUCUGAGUCAAGAGGGGGCGCUGAUCCUGAGCCAGGCCCUGGAUGGAUGCCCAUAUGUGGAGGAGAUCAACUUGGCAGAGAACAGUCUGGCCAGAGAGGUCCCACAUUUCCAUCAGGGGCUCCCCCUGCUCAAGCAGAUAGACCUGGUUUCCUGUGAGAUUGACAACCACGCUGCCAAGCCCCUUGCCGCCAGCCUGGCUCUCUGCCCAGCCCUGGAGGAAAUCCUGCUGUCCUGGAAUCUGCUCGGGGAUGAGGCGGCUGCGGAGCUGGCCCAGGUCCUGCCGCAGAUGAGCCGGCUGAAGAGAAUGGACCUGGAGAAGAACCAGAUCACAGCUUGUGGAGCCUGGCUCCUGGUCGAAGGGCUGGCACGAGGGUCUGGCAUCCAAGUCAUUCGGUAAAAGGGGCUCACAGGGGCAGGGAUGAUGGUGGGAGGCCACACCGACCUCUACAAUGUAAGGGGACUCCCUGUAGGAGGGGCAAGACCUGGCUUGGGGAUUAUCAGAGGAGACUUGAAUUUCUCCACCAAGAAUUUGGCAGCACAGGGACCUGGAUCAAAUCCCAGCUCUGCCAUUUGCCAGUUACGGAACUUUAUGUCAGUAACUCAAUCUCUCUUGACCUCAAUUUCCUCAUCUGUAAAGUGGGCUCAACGAUAGUAUCUACCUCAGAAAGUUGCUGUGAGGACUAAACGAUUAUAUAAAGCACUGAGCCCAAUACCCAGCACAUAGUAAGCACUUAAAAAUGGUAUA